AUGUUUUCAGCAACUUCUUGGGCCAUCGUCAUUCGCGAUGGAUCAGGAAGCGGCCUGGAUAUCAGACCAGUGGAUGAGUGGGAAGAUUCCUCAGGAAGUGGCUGGGAGGAUGGCUCCGGUGAUGAACUGUACGAAACCUGCCCGCCUAACAUGCUCUCCGCUAAGUGUGUACCAAUUUGCGAAGCAGACUGCAACAAUCCACAGGGACCUACAUGUGACGGAAUCAUAUGUGGGGACGAAGAUACUUGUUUCUGUAAGCAGGGAUACGUCCUUGUGUCCGCUGAUGAUCAGUAUCUUGGCUGUACGACACAUUGA